CACUAUCAGUACCGGCCCGUUAUCAGAGAUAAGACAUAUUUUGUUUUGGACUGCUGUACGAAUUAUAACAAUUUGACGAAAUAUGAAUUAUUGCCUAUUGGUGAGUGGUGACUACUGACUAUAAAUUCGCGGUCAUAAUAUUACUCCCUCGUAUUACCGUUAAUAUGUACGAUGUCUCUGAUCGCCGCCUCAUUCGUUACGGUAAUUUAAAAACCUUUAUUAUUUAUAUCCUUAGCCAUCAUGGAUCUCCUGGAAAACUCGAACCAUGAGACGGAUACGGUGACUACAACAGUUCCAGAACAAUCAGCGUCUCCGACGCCUCUUGACGACGACGUGGAUUCGAAUGAAUAUCGUGAGAACAAGCCCAAGUCUUAUAAGCAGCAUUUUAUGGCUCUUUCCCAACGAUGCGAAAUCAUUCAACAGGUAAAAUUAUGGUCUUCAUUGUUCAAACUUAAAUAAAUUAUUGUUAAACAGGGAUUACAAUUAAUUUAAUUGUAUAUAAUAGAAGAAUUAAUAGUUUAAAAAAUUUAAAUUCGGACGUAAAAAGACAAAAAGGUGUAUUUCUUAGCCACUAGGUUUCUAUGCUUCUAUUUCUUAGUUUUAUUUGUUUAAAACCAUUUGUUUUCUUACUAAAUAAAUAAUCUAUUAACUUACUUUUAGAUUGUUCUGACAAAAUAAACAUAAGUUAAAUGAAGAUAUUGUGGACAUUUUUAUAUAAUUAUUAUUAUUAAUAUUUAUUUAUAUCUAGAUGCAAAAUUCUCUACAAGUUUUAGAAAAAAUAAACCAGUUCAUUUCACUAAAAUAUAAUCACCAUUUUUAGCAUUUUUACUAUAUUAGACACAAUUCUAUGCAUUCUACACAUAUAUCAUUCAAUGUGUAUACAAUUACAUUUUACCAUAUCUGUAACCGUUUGUCAAAUAUAUUAAAAUAUCAAUUUUGUCUAAUAAAUAAAAUAUUUUAUAUUUUACUUUUUUCUUGGAAAAUUAUAUGUUUUUACGACUAUAGUUUUCUAUUUAAAUUUAAAAAACUAUAAAACUUACCACCUUUGACAAUUUUUCAAUCCAAAUUACACGACAAGGGGUCAUUGAGAGAUCAUUAUAAGCUUAAAAACAAAUUAAUUUCAUUAGGUGCUUUAGCUUAAAAAAAUAAUCAGGUACUGUAUUGAAAAUAUUACAUUUCCCUCCUCUCCAAAAUACAAAUAAAAACUAUGGAUAAAUUAUAAUGUUAUUAGGUGAUUGACAAUUGUAAAAAUUAUUUAAUUUUUCCAAUGCAUUGAAUUACUUAGGUAUCAUUAAUUAUAGAAGUUAAAAAAUAUACACGUCACAUAUUGCACUAAAUUAAAAUAUCUAAGAAAAUAGGUACCUAUAAUAUUUUAAAUUUUAUUUUACCUUUAAUAUUAUUAUUAAAUGGUAUAUAUUAUCAUAAACUAAUAAAUAUUAUUACAACUAUAUCUAAAAUAUGUCAGUUUUGAUCACAGAUAUAUAUAUAUAAAGUAUUUUAUCUCUAUCCGUGGUUAUGGUGCUGGAAUACUGGGUUUUUAAUUGUUUUUGUUCUGAAUAUUUUAGGACAAUGAGCGUCUUGUUUAUAGAAUACACCGUGUUGCUAGACAGUUAAGACGAAUACGAGUGGAACGGAGGUAUGUACUAUAAGUUUAUGCUAUCAUAUCAACACCACACUGUUGAAUAUGUAUUUGUAGGUUUAUUAUGGAUCGAUUGGAUAGACACAGGGAUAACUGGAGAGAAGCUGAAUUACAAAUAGAUCUAGGAAGUGAUUUUCCUUUACUUGAAGCUGUUAAUGUAAAAGUAAGUUUUAAAAGUGGUGGGUAAGCUAUUUGUAAAUUAAAAUUUUAUUAAAAAUAAAAUGUUAUGCCUACAUAGAAUCAAGGAUCUGCAGAAACACCAAAUGGAAAAAAGAAUUCAAACAUUAAAUCUUCAGAAAAGAAAGAUCCAAAUUUACCAAAAAGGCCAGCAAAUCCAUUCUUUAGAUUUUGUCAGGAACAGAGACCAAUAGUAUUAGAUCAAAUAAUCUUAUCGGGUGAAGGUGAACCCACUAAACAAGAUCUUACAAAACGAUUAGCAAUUACUUGGAAUACUAUGGAACCAAAUGAGAAAAAAGUAUGUAUCAAACAAUUAUAGAGGCUGUCCCACGAAGAUAUACCCCUUGAAUAUCUUCCAAGAUAAUAAAGAUAAUCAAAUUAUGUUUUUUAAUAUUACUCAGGGAAGAGGACUACAAAUAAUUAUAUUUGAAUUAUUUUUUUUUUUUAUUAAAAAAUUUAAAAAAUUUUUAUUUUAAUAUUUUCGGAAAAUUUUAAGAUGUUUGCUUGCUAAGCGUAGAUUUUGAGUGUUUGUACUUGUAUUCCGAUAUACCUUUAUUGAAGUAAUUAUAAAUUCAGUUUUAUAUAUAUAUAUAUAUAUUAUUAUUUAUUUCAGUUAUAUAUAAUAUUAUAAAUAAUUAAAAUAGUUUUAAAUGAUAAUAUUAGUUAAAAAUAUAUUUGAAUAUGAUAUACAAUACGUAUCAAUAUAUGACAGACUAUAAACAAUACACUAUUUUAUUUUUAAAUUAUGUGUAGUUUUCCAGACUAUAUAAAGAGAUAAUGUCAUAAUAUCACGUUUAUAAAUACAUAUUUUGUUAUAACUUAUGUAUAAUUUCAAUAAAUUCAAAUCAAUCUGCGCUUGCUACCACACACGGAGAGUGGUAUUUUUUAUUUAUAUAGUUUUAAAUAAUAUACCGACUACCGAAUCACAAAAUGAGUGAAAGGUGGUCCAAGGAAAAAAUAAUUUAAUUGAAUUAUAUGAGAAUGUCAGUUGCUUAUGGGACACAAAAUCUUCCGAUUAUAAAAAUAAAAUAAAACAUUUCAUUUUUUUUUUUUAAUGUUUUAUUACGCAUUAUAACAAACGCAGCAGCGCUAAUGCAGCAUGCGACUUGUUCUAGAUCUGACAUUUUCACGACUGUUGGAAAACGUGUAGCGAACAAAUAAACUAUGAACAAACGUUUGUUGUCAUGAUAAAAUGUUUGAUAAAUGUUCGGCAAACGUUUGACAAACAAUGUUUUCCCAAAUGUUUGUUAUGUGUGGACACACCUUUAGAAACUAUUCAUCAGAUAUAAAUGUGCAAUACAUUAAAAUUUUCAGGAAAAUGUUUACAGAAUGACAAUUUUACCAUUUUACCAAUUUUCCAUAAAUAAUAAAGAAAAAUAAAUUAAUUGAAAUAUAAAUAUUUGUAAUCCUUUUCCCUGUGAAUAAUAUAAAAUAAAAACAGAAUUUGAUUAUCUUUAUUAUCUCAGGAGGUAUUUAAGGGGUAUAUCUGAGAGGAAAGCCUGUAUGUUUACUUGUUAGAAUCUAAGAUUUAAGAUUAUAGCGCAAUAUUUUUCUUAGAUGUCACUUUUUCAAGCAGUAAAAAUCCUUAGUAGAUAUCAUUGAUUAGUAAUUCAUAGCUUGAGAUACCUUCAAUUUUAUAAACAUUUUUUAAAGUUUUCCCUCAAAUUAUAAACACUAUAUAGAUAUUAUUUUCAAUGCAUAUCAUUAUAUAUGUAUAUUUAAAAUUUAAAAAAAUACAAAAAAUUAAAAAUUAUUUUUUUAAAACAUAUUUUUAUUCACAUUAUAAAUACUUUGGCACAAAAUUAUAUACAUUUUUAAAAUGCGCUUUCAUUCGUAUGUUACCAUAAGAAUAUUUUUUGUACCAUAUCAUGUUUAUGACCUGGUUAUUUAAUUGAUUGCUAUCAUAAACAGGGUUUUAGACUUAUAGCAUUUGCUUAUUUUUUUUUAAUGUGCCAUUAAAUCUAGCUGAGUUCUGUGAAUAUUUAUGCCACGUUAUAAAGAAUUCAAAUAUAUAAUUUGUUAGUUUUUUUAUUUUGUAAUGCUUUCUUUUUGCGGAUUUCUUACUUUUUGAUUAUGCAAGUCAAUGAAAAUAUUCUGGUCCCUCCACUAUAAUUGUUAACUAGUUUCAUCUUACAUUUUCAAUUCUAUUAUCCAACUUUUAGUUUUAGUGCUAUAAGUUCUGAACCUAAAAUAAAAUUAUCAUUAAAAUAUAUUUGUUGGUAAUAUAAUUAAAUAAUUAUCAAUUUGUUUUUAGAUUUAUUAUGAUAUGUAUGAAAAAUCUAAGGAAAAAUAUGCUGCGGAUAUGGAAGAAUACUCAUUUAAUAAAUCUAUUAAUGCAGUACAGCCAUCUAAUUUAUCAAAUUCACAAUAAGAAAUACAUGUCAAUUGUAUAUUGUGUGUAUAAUAUCUAUAAUAUAUUAAUUACUAAUGAAAAACGUGUGCACACAUGUAAAAAAUGUAUUAUAAUAAAAUGAGAAUUAUUUUUAAAAAUUGUUUUUCAUUUCUCUUAAAACUCGCAUUGUUUCAAUUGGAUCACCAAUGGUCUGUGUAAAGAUUUGUACCUCCUUCUUUUUAACUCUCAUGAAUGGAUUAAUGAGUUUUUCCAAACCUAUAGUUAAAACAAAUUGUUAUGUAACAUCAUAAAUAGGCACUAUGAACUACUAUGUUUUACCAACAGUUGACGGAACACUUGGUUUCUUUAUUUGUCGUUUGAAUUCAGUGUUGUUCAAUGCAGACAAUAUAUUUUGGUUGGAAGGUUCAACAAACAAACCAAAUUUUAAAUUCUGAACAGCAUAUUCAUGUCCACAAAACACUGACUGAAAUAAAUAUAAUUUAGAACUAGUAUAGGCACAUUUUAAAUUAAUAUUAAAUAAUUCCUUUACUGUGCCAUCGGGAAAUUCUGAUAUUACGUUGAUUAAUGCGUCAUACAUUUGUUUAGCAUUACCCUCAAAAAAUCGACCACAUCCUCCAAAGAAUAAUGUAUCACCUGUAAUAAAAUACAAAUUUUGAUUCUGAAAUAAUAUGUUUUUAG